AUGAGGAAACUGCAACUCUUUGGAGGCUCCAAGUACUUCUCUUUAUCACAGAAGGAGGGAAAACCUGUGCAUAAGAACAUUAAUAAUCAAGAAAAGGUAGAAGAUGAAGUCGAGGAUGAAACUGACGAUCAAUUGAGUCUGCUUUCAUUACCUCCCAAGAUUUUACGUCGGAUAUUGAGCCAUUUAGAUUCUGCUUCGCUUAUUGCAUUGACACAUGUCCACUCAAAGCUAUACAAAAUUAUCAGUAAUGAAUUCCUUUUCAGUAAUAUAGUGUUGGACUCAAAGAUAUCGCUACUGAAAUUUAGCGCAAUGAUACAUUCGGAAUUCCAUACAUCCAAUGCGCUGGUUAAUGGUACUCGUGGUAGCACAUCACCCCAGGAAAAUAAGAGUCAAAAUGUGCGGUUUCUAGUCCGUUCAGUGGAGUUUGUAAACCCGCAAUCUCAUGACUCUCUUCUCAAAUACAGUAAGUUUCAUAAAAAGAAUGAUACCGGGUCCUUGAUAGGGGGAUCAUACAACUUCAACACAUCUAGUGAGAUACCGAUAAGUAAACUGCCGACAUCGCCGAAGGCGGAAGAUAGGCCAAAGAGUAGCUCAUUAGCACAAACAAGUUUUGGAGGUAAAUUAGAUACACACGAAAACACAAGAUCAUCCAGUAGGACAAGAAGUACAAAUCACUAUAAAUGCUAUAAACUGAUGGAGAAAUUCGAACAUAAGUUCUCCGGCUACACAUACAUUGAGUUAAUGCUUGAUAUCAUAGAUUAUUUACCCAACGUGACGCAUGUAAAAUUGAGUAAUGUUGAUCCUAGUUUUAAAGUUCCGUUGUGGUAUUCUGUAUUUAACGAUGGAUCUAGAGAUUUCUUCAAGAAGAUUAUAAAGGGUCAACAAUCCAUUACUAAUGAUGAUUUGAGAACAUUUGAGCUAUCGAAGGAAUUUGUUAGGGAGUAUGAAAAGAAAUUUUAUCAUUUACCAUUGUUGAAAUCUUUGGAAAUAUCAGCUGCAAUUGAUAAGAAACAGACUAAACCAGUUGUGUUUCGUCCCAAUCUCAUUUGUUGUUUCGGAGUAAUACAAGAAUUGACACUGGAAAAUAUUACCCUUGACAAGGAAUCCUUCGAGACACCUAUGGAAUUUGUCCCAUUACAUCUUCGUCUAGAAGAAACCAACGAUUUGCACGUCAACGGCAAGCCUACAUCAUUGGAGUUAUACAAUCUUCAUUCGCCCGUAUCGUCAUUGACAUUACGAGCAUGCACUAUAAUCCAAGGAAAUGGUAUCUUAAGGUUAAUACACAAUUAUUUCAAAGAUGUAAAAAAUUUACAGUUACUUGAGCUCUCAAGCAAGUAUGACUUAUUCCUUUGUAAUUGUUUCAGCUCACUUUCAAAUUUAACUAUCGAUUGCAACAGCGCUUGCUUCACCAAUGAAAUGACAGUUAAUGACGAUUACUACUUGAAAGAAAUAACACUGUCUAAUGAAGAUGAAACGAACUGUGAUGACAAUAUUUCUGUAACGGAAACUCUUCUAGAAUCAUCCUCUAGGGUCGUCAUUCAAGCCCCUCCACCAACAUCUGCUGUAGUAGUCUCAUUGAAUUUGGACUAUAUCUCAAAGACUAGUGGAAGUAAUGCACAAGAAAACCCCUUACCAUCAGAUAGCAAGAAACCAGCAUUGAUUACAAAAUCUCAGGGUGAUUACUUCAGACAGCUUAGAAUCCCUACAUUCCAUUACUUUUAUCACUAUUAUAAAUCGAUAUGGGAAAGAAUACCGCAUAAAAAUGUAAAUAUUAAUAUUAUUAAUAUUCCUUUUACAAACGUUUACCCAAUGUCUCCGAAAGGAUUAGCGGAAAGUAUGAUAGUUUCUAGUGACGCCAACGACCAAGAAACGUUAAUUGCAUACCGACCAUCCGGCUACAGUGCUCAUGAUGUUCCCACAUCUUCGAUAAUACAUGUUUCAGAAGAAGCUAGAGAAUUUAAUAGUACACAAUAUUACUGGGAGAACGGUGUUAGAAGGUGCUAUUUGGACGCCAUACAAGAAUUGAGAGAGUCUUCAUCAUAUUAUCAAUCAAUGACACAGCAUGAGAUUUUGGAUAUGAUAGAUUACGAGGCUAUUAAUGGUUAUCAAAAUUUCAAGUUCUAUAAAGACAUUCCAAAUGUAAAUCUUUGGUGCUUUUUGAAAUCAUUAUCAAAGUUCAAAUCUGUCAAAAUCAACCUAUUACGAACGUGGUUGUACUGUACGCCGAGAUCAAGGUAUGAUUGGGAGUUGCUUCUAAAACCAGUACUGAAUGUCAAUGUUCCAGUUAUAGUUACUGAUAGAGAUGGCUACGUUGUUUAUUCUUAUGGCCAGCAUAAAAUGCAUUAA